AUGGCGCGGCCCGCGGAGAUUUUCGCGCCGCUUUUGGACCGUUUGAACGCGCCGCAUCCGUCAGUGAGGCGAUUCACUGUAGACGCCAUCUUCGCGCGAUUCAAGGCGCCGAGCACGGCGCCGCAAACCUGCGCACCCGCGCGCGAGGCGCUGACGGCGUGCCUGACUCAUGCCACGUCAGCCGUGGUGGACCAAUCCGUAACGGCGCUGUGCGGGCUCGUCCAAUCAGGGCACUGCAAGGCGGAUGAAGCGCUGGCGCAUUUGCUGGCGGCGCUGCCAGCAGUGCGGGGGGAGGUGGUGGGGAGUGUGUGCGGGGGGGUGGUGGGGAUGUACGUGUCGUGCGUCAGGGCUGACGUGGCGUGUGCUAAGGGUGACGUGGCGCCUGCAACUAUUGGAGACACGGGACGAGGCGCAUCUGCCUCUGCUUCACCACCUCACCCUCCUCCUCCUCUCCCCUCCUCCUCUCUCCACCACCCCCAUCACCACUACCAAGAUCGGGAGUCCAUGCUGGCAAGCUUAGGCGAGCUCAUGGAUCUAGCCUAUGCCACGUCAUCAUCCACUGAAUCCCAACAAACCCAACACCAGAUCCCCCAAAGCAACCAACCACACCAAUCCCACCACAGCCACCAUCCACACUCGCUCCCCUCCCUCACCACCCGCCUCUCCGCCUGUGCUCUCGCACUCUCUCUUGAGCUGCAAGCCGCCGGCACCACCGCUGCUGGUGCAUCUUCUGCUGCUGCUGCUGGGGCUGCUGCUGCAGCUCCCACUGCUGCUGCCUCUGCUGCUACUGGUCUGCCCUCCUGCCUCUUCCUCGUUCAAAAGGCCUCUCUGCUGCGAGCGCGGAUUGACUGUCAGAGAGAGGAGGGAGAGAGUGAAAAGGAGGAUGUGGGGAGAAGAGAAGGGGAAGAUUCCAGCAUGGGUGUGGGACAGCUGGGAGGCGUCGGAGGAAUGAGAAGGAUGGGAAGAGAAAGGGGGGAGUCGGAGGAAGCGGAGCAGCAGAGGGGAGGGGAAGGGGAUGCAGUGGAGGUGGUGGGGUUGCUGCGCCUGCUGCUGUGCGGGUUACCAACAGACCAAGACCACAUCGCUGUGCUCGCAGUGCUACGGCACACCCUUACCAAGCUGAAUCGGGGAGCUGCUGCUGAAGCCGCUGAAUCGUCUAGGCGCAAAGGUACACGUGGUGGUGGCGGUACACAGAGUACGGUUCCUCUGCUGCUGCUGCCGCUGCUCCACCUCCUCUCCUUCCCAUCGCCUGCCCUCAAGCAAGAUGCAGCUCGUGCUAUGAAUGCCUGCCUCACUGUUACUGCCACUGCCACUCAGCCUCUCCUCUCCUCGUCCCUGUCACCCUCUGCUGGAUCUGCCAUCGCAAUCGCCUCGGCCCAACGGCAGCGUGGCACGUGGCACUCGCCGGAAACCUGGGCAAAUGAGCCUGUGCCACGUCAGCAUGACCUCGCUGGGUCCUCCCCAAGCGCAGACGUGGAUGAUGAGCUUGCUGACGUGGCAAAGUCGCUGGCGCUUUCAGACGGGAGAAGCACGCUGGCAGGAGCACCAGGUGGGGUGCAUGGGUGCCACGUGUCAGGCUCUAAUAGGUGGCUUCUGGCGCUACAGCAGCAGCUGAAUCAGAUCCGGAAAGAGACAGUGAGAAAGGCAGGGAGGGAAACAUCAGCAGGCAGUGGCAUGAGUCAAUCACUGAUCCUCUCACUCGCAGCUCUCCUCCUCCCACUCUCCACCCUCCACCCGUCCCCCUCCCUCCGCUCCUCCUCCCUCCUCUCCCUCUCCCGCCUUGCCUCCUGUGAGCCUAUCUGGGCUCUCUCCCUGCUGCCAGCUGUCCUCUGGAGUUUGAGCCACGUGGCACAAGAAGGGGUGGGCGGGGAGGGAGAGGUGGGGGGAGAGAGAGGGGUGAAGGAAGGCGGGGGGAGGGGAAGCGGUAACGCAGGCGGCAAGUCUUGUCUUCAAGUGCUCUGCGUCCUGCCGAGCCUUGCGAGGCACUGGCUGGCUGCUGGUCCUGUGGUGCAGGUCCUGACAAAGCUUGCCGGCCAGAAGUCCCGCCCUCUCCUUGCAUUAGUGGCUCUGCGGCUGCUGCAGCAAGCCUGGGCCAUCACCGACCGCAUCUUCCCCUCCCUGCAGCCGCUGCUGAACCUCUUAACCUGCUCUCCCUCUCCCUCCCCGUCCAUUCCCUUCCCCUCCUCCAGUCUCCUUGCAUCUGCGGCUCUGCGGCUGCUGCAGCAAGCCUGGUCCAUCACAGAUCGCAUCUUCCCCUCCCUGCAACCACUGCUGCUGCCGCCCUCCCUCUCCUUCCCCAAAAGCAUAAGAAUAACCAGCACCAGCAGCACAGCUAGCGGUGAUGUGGGGGGAGGAGAGGUGAUGGUGCUGGCAGCAGCAGCAAGCAUACGAGGAGUGUGUUGCCACGAUACGGACCGGGCAGUGCGUCUGGUGCUGUCAGUGCAGGCAGCUAUCGAGUCUCCAAGCCCUCUCGUUGCUGCCUUUGGUUUGGACGCCCUUGCUGCUCUCUGUGCUGCUGAUGCCGUGGAUUUCUUUACGGCGUGGAAAGUGGUGUCCCGAUCACACCCCUCCCUGCCCGCGCAUCCAAUCACGGCUGCCCGUUGGUGCCACCUGCUGCAAUCCGCUGCUCUCGACGCCGCAGCCUAUCCCAACGCGACACGUGGCAUCAUGGAGGGCCUGUGGGAAGCUGCCAGGAAAGGGAGGGAGGGGGAGCUGAUAGAAGGAGGAGGGGGAGGAGGGGGAGAAGGGGAGAGGGAAUGGAGGCAGACUCGUGCUGCUGCGUUCACUGCACUUGCUGCUUUCACGGUAACCCUCCCGCCCACGCAUUCUUCCCAGCUCCUCGUAACAACCUCCGUAUGUCUAGUCCCUCCAGAAGUCACGCUGGAUGACGUCACAGCCACAUGGCCCUACCCCAGUACCCACCUCGUUCAAGCCUUCCUCUCAGAGCCCUGCCCUGCCAUGCGCCAAUCCAUGCUCCCACUGCUCUCCCAACAGGUGGAUGACGUGGCAACCACAUGGCCCUGCCCUGCCAUGCAACAACCCAUGCCCUCCCAACAGGUGGAUGACGUGGCAACCACAUGGCCCUGCCCUGCCAUGCAACAACCCAUGCUCUCCCAACAGGUGGAUGACGUGGCAACCACAUGGCCCUGCCCUGCCAUGCAACAACCCAUGCUCUCCCAACAGGUGGAUGACGUGGCAACCACAUGGCCCUGCCCUGCCAUGCAACAACCCAUGCUCUCCCAACAGGUGGAUGACGUGGCAACCACAUGGCCCUGCCCUGCCAUGCAACAACCCAUGCUCUCCCAACAGGUGGAUGACGUGGCAACCACAUGGCCCUGCCCUGCCAUGCAACAACCCAUGCUCUCCCAACAGGUGGAUGACGUGGCAACCACAUGGCCCUGCCCUGCCAUGCAACAACCCAUGCUCUCCCAACAGGUGGAUGACGUGGCAACCACAUGGCCCUGCCCUGCCAUGCAACAACCCAUGCUCUCCCAACAGGUGGAUGACGUGGAUGACGUGGCAACCUCAUGGCCCAGCACCCACCUCGUUCAAGCCUUCCUCUCAGAGCCCUGCACCUCCGUGCGACAACCCAUGCUCUCCUUGCACACCAACCUUGCCCACUCUCAACACAGGACCCGGCCCACACAACCCGGACCCGGGGUGGAUGACGUGGCAACCACAUGGCCCUACCCCAGCACCCACCUGCUUCGAGCCUUCCUCUCAGAGCCCUCUCCUUCCGUGCGGCAAGCCAUGCUCCCCCUGCUUACCAAACUGGCAGACUAUCAACACAGGACCCGACCCCGGGGUCGGAGGGCUGUGGUGGUGGGUGGAGGAGAGGGGGCGGAGGGUGACGUGGCGUCUGCUGCCACGUCAGCCGGUGCGCCUGGUGGCGCCACGUGGCGGUCGAACAAGCUCCUGGCGGCGCUGCCCCGGCUGCUGUGUCCGGAGAGCUUCGGCGGCCGCAAGGGAAAAGAUGGACUUGAUGUACCUGCUGCCGCCUUGCUGCUGGUGCCGCCACCACCGCCAGAGCCGCUGUCAGGCGCAUCUGCUGGGAGUGUCAGGCAGGCGCGGGUAGACCUGGAGAAGGUGGGAACUGGGGCUCUCAAGGAAAGAGACGCACACUUCCACCGCAUCUUCCUGGAAACUUCUCAGUCUCUCAGCCGCCCGGCCUUCUUCCCGCUGGUGCUCUCCUCGCUCGCCGCCUGGACCCACUUCAUGCGCCAAUGGUAUCGCGCCAGGUGUCGCCUUCUGCACGCCACAGCCGCCGCCGCCCCUGCUGGUGGUGCUGCUACAGCUGCUGCAGCAGUGGGAGGCACAGAGACAGGGAUAGGGGGAGCAGCAGGGGGAGGGGGAUUAGUGGGAGCUGUUCCUCAUGGCGACGUGCCGGCAGCAGCAGCAAGGGGGCUAUGGACAACAGUAACCCAAGGGUUCGACAGCGGUGUUCCAAUGCAGGCAGAGAACAGUGCUCUCGCCCUCGCCGCUCUCUGCCAAGCCUUGCCGCCCGCCCUCCACCCCCUUGUAGCCUCUGCUGCUGAUCUGCUCCGAGGGAGGCUCAAAGAUGGGGGGACGACCACUACCGCUCGCCUUGCUGCCACUACAUCCCACGCUCCAGCCACUGCCGCUCGCUCUGCUGCCACUGCACUCCAUGCUCCAGCCAUUGCCACUCGCCCUGCUGCCACCGCACCCCACGCUCCAGCCACUACCGCUUGCCCUGCUGCCACUGCAUCCCACGCUCCAGUCACUGCCGCUCGCCCUGCUGCCACUGCAACCCAUGCUCCAGGCUCUGCCGCUCGCCCUGCUACCACUGCACCCCACGCUCCAGCCACUGCCGCUCGCCCUGCUGCCACUGCAGGGCGAGUGGCAAUGGCUGGAGCGUGGAGUGCAGUGGCAGCAGAGCGAGCGGCAGUGGCUGGAGCGUGGGAUGUAGUGGCAGCAAGGCGAGCGGUAGUGGCUGGAGCGCGGGCACCAGUGCAGGUGGCAGUGGCAGGAGGAAUGACAGAGAAAAUGGCAGAAGGGUGUGAGGAAGUAACAGGAAGGUGGGAGCAAGUGGCUAGGGGACGAGAAAAAGUGAUUCUCAACCAAUUAGGAGCCGACAGCUCGCUCCGCUUCGCAGCUGCUGUUUCCCUAGGGACCAUCGCAGCGCGCCAGGUGGCGCUCUCCCAUUCGUCAACCACAGAAAGCACCAGCACCAGCGGCAGCACCAGUGGCAAGAGUGCUGACUCAGCAUCUGCUGCAGCAGCGACAGCUGUGCGAACGCUCUGCACUGUGAUUGGUCGGUCCUCCUGCCAGGCCCUAAGGGAGCUGGCGCAGGUUCUGAGGAAGCUUCCUGGGGAGAUGGGGCGGGCGGUUACUGUAGCACUGGGGGAGGCAGAGGGGGGAAGGGGGGAGGGGGAGGGGAGCUUGGGGGGGAUAGGGAAAAUGGGGGGUAUGGAAUCGGAGAGGGGUGAAUGGGAUGUAGGUGUGGGGGAAGAUGAGGGAGAGGAGUGGGGUUUGGGGGGAGCUUUGUUAGGCAUUGCUAUUCUCACCUCCUCCCUCACCUCCUCUUCCUCCUCCUCUUCCUCUUCCUCCUCCUCUUCCUCUUCUUCCUCCACUUCCUCCUCACACCUCUCCCUCCUUCACUCCUUCGCCUCACUUCUCUUCCAGUGGACUCAAGCCUUUGCUCACUCGCUCACAUUGAACCAGAAUGUACCUUCCCCAGGCAAACCUUCCUCAGUUGUACCUCCCCCACUAGUGGACGGCUGGGGUGACCCCAUCGCCCCACCCACCCCGCCAUCCCCCUUGGACUCUCCCUCGGCCAGCUACGUGCCGCCACCUGUCCUCGCAGCAGCAGCUGCACUGGCACUGCCCUUGAUCGCAGAGGACGCGCUGCAGUCAUUGGUCGAGGCGUACAGGCGCGACUGCCACGUCAGCGUCAAGCGCCAGGCUGGCUGGGCGCUGGCGCUCUGCGUGGAAGCUUCUCGGAAACUCUCGGGCGAAGGGGAUGAGGAGGAGGAAGAUGAGGAUGAUGAGGAGGGCGGGGGGUGGGGAGGAGGAGUCGGAGGAGGAGGAGGAGGAGGAGGAGGAGGAGGAGGAGGAGGAGGAGGAGGAGGAGGAGGAGGAGGAGGAGGAGGAGGAGGAGGAGGAGGAGGAGGAGGAGGAGGAGGAAGAGGGGUAGGGGGAAGUGGAGGUGGGAGUGGAGGGAGGAGGGGAGGAGGGGGAGAGGAGAAGCAGUGGUUGCUGAAUCAAUUCCCGGCUGAUAGUGUGGUGCGGCUGCUGGCAUCUUGGUUGUUGGAGCGGAGUCUACACGUGGGGGCAGGAGCGGGCAGCCUGUGGGAUACUGCCAGCGUGCCAGCUGUUGCAUCCUCAUUGGCCCUCCUCUCCAACGCCCCGCGAAUCCCCUCUUUAGACUGGGCCUCCAUCCUCCACCGCUUCCUCCGCAGAGCCUCCUCCGGGGCUAUUCCCGCCUCCCAUGCUGCCCUGCUGCUCCUCCCUCCCUCUGCUGCUGCUUCAGCAGCGGCAGCAGGGCCACUGGGAGGAGGGUCUGUAGAGGCAUCAGUAGCAGGAGGGAUUUCAGCAGCAGCAGGAGCAACGGCAGAUGCAGACAAUCUACGCUGUGCGUGCCUCCACUUCGCCGCCCACCGCGGGAUCAUCCCCUUCCUCGAUGACCUCACCGCUGACGUCAGCAGGCUCGUCCAGCUGGCGCCGGCGGUGCAGCGAGCGCUGCUGUCGCGACACCUGGCGGCCGUGGUGCGGCUGUUCUCCCAGGAAAGAUCCCGGAAGCUUCUGAGGGAUGUGAUGGGGCUGGUGAGAACGUACAUGGCUGCUGCUUCUGGUGCCGCUGCUGCCUCCGCCGCUGCUCGUACCGCCGCUGCUGGUGCUGCUGCAGCUGGUGGUGGUGGUGGUGGUGGUGGUGGUGCUGCUGCUGCUGCUGCUGCUGCUGCUGCUGCUGCUGAUGGAUCAGGCGUAGGAUCAGAGGAAGGUAAAGAAGAGGCCACUUCAGAGUG